GCAACCCACGUUGCAACAACUUUAAAAUUUCAAGUGAUUAACAAAAAUUUUGGAAUAAUUACCUAAACAUGCGAAGCAAAUCGCCUGGCCGCGAAAGCAGUGAGGCCAAACAGCUAAUGCACUGGAUCAAGGGAUUGGUCUACAGUCCGCGCUGUCACAGCCUACAGGAUCUGGGCAAUGGUGUUGUCUGGUGUCGUCUUAUGGGCAAACUACGGCCGGGCACUUUGGCCAGCGUGUUAAUCAUUAAUCGGCCAGCAAAUGUGAACGAUUCAAAGCACAACUAUAUGCUACUGGAGUCGGCAUUUAGCAUGGCCAAUAUGCCCUGGUAUUUCGACACCAGGGCACUCAUUGCCGGCGACAGCCAUGAGUUGCUCAAAAUGGCCAAGUGCUUUGCCCAAAUGCAUGUUACGCCAGACAGACAGCUGCAGCGCCAAAAGCAUCCAUCAAAGUCAAGUCGAACAGCGCGUUACUCUGCCGGCGAGAUAGAGCUAACUCAACAUUUGAGUAGCCAACACCCGUCGACAGAGGCGACUGCAGUCGAACUCUUAGAUGCAGUGCACCCGAACUCAGCUGACGCUGUGUUGCUAUCCGUUGCCAGCGAUGAGCAGCAGCUAAAACAACAAAUCCAAACUAUGUUCCACAACCAACAGGUGGCAGUGGACGCAUUCAUGGCGGCAGAGAAGCCACGCCCCUUCGGCUAUCCCCUCACAGCCCACAACAUGUGUUCUUGCAGCAAGUGCCUACGUCAAAGUCAGGAGGCAGCCCCUGAGCUUUAGUUUAAUUAAAGCGCUAUUUAAACUUAUAUUUUAUUAAUCCAGUUGAAGUUUUAAGUUGAAGGUCCCAAGUAUUCAUUUAUUUUGUCUUUGAGUACACUAAUGCAAAAUACAUAUGAUGAAAACUGUUUUUUCAAGAUGUG